AUGGCUGAUGGCAAAGACGACCCCCAGCGGGGUAUUGAGGCAACACCUCAUCAGGGCAUUGAGACAGCGCCCGUUGAAGGAAUUGAAGUAGUGCAUAAGCAGCACCCGAAGAUUGACAUGGGAGAGUACGAGAACAAGCAAGACAUCUCGCAUGUCGAAAAGGUUCUCUCGGAACCCGAUGACCUCGCGAAGGAUAACAUGGAUAUCACCCGUGUGGAUAAGGAAAUCCAAGCAUAUGCCGCCCACAGUCAGGUGGAAAUCGACGAAGCCACAAACAAGCGUCUGAAACGCCUGAUUGAUCGCCGUGUCCUUGUUGUCAUGAUUUGCACAUACUUCUUACAGGCUUUGGACAAGGGAACUAUGUCGUUCUCUGCUAUUAUGGGGAUCAAGGAUGACGCGAAUCUAAAUGAUGGGCAAAAGUACUCCUGGUUAACCACGUGUAUUUACAUCGCUGUUCUCAUCGUCGAAUAUCCCACAAACUGGAUCAUCCAAAGAGUCCCACUCGGCAAGUACUUGGGCAUUAACAUCUGCCUAUGGGGUAUGAUUCUGGCACUACAUGCAGCCUGCAAGAACUUCACUGGGUUGGUCAUUGUUCGUACCCUUCUGGGUAUCUUUGAGGCUUGCUGUCAGCCAAUUUUCGUGACUCUUUCCUCGAUGUGGUACAAGCGAGAGGAACAAGCGGCCACGGUGACAUACUGGUACAUGAUGAACGGUGCACAGCAGAUUGUCGGUGGCUUAUUGGCAUACUGUUUCACCCUUAUUGGAGCAGACAAGGUGCUCAAGUCUUGGCAGGCACUCUUCCUGACAUAUGGAUGCAUCUCCGUUCUUUGGGGACUUUUCGUCAUUUGGUAUAUGCCUGACUCCCCUAUGCGUGCAAAGUGUUUCAGCGAGGAAGACAAACGUCUUAUGGUAGAGCGUCUUCGAUCCAAUCAGACAGGUAUUCAGAACAGAAAGUUCCAUGCAUACCAGGUGUGGGAGGCUUUCCGCGAUCCCCAGAUGUGGUGCUAUUGUGCUGUUCAAAUGUUCACCACUCUCCCUACCAGCGGUUUAGGCGCAUUCUUCGGUAUCAUUAUCAAGGGCUUCAAAUUUACCGUAUUGCAAACUCAGCUGCUUGCUAUGGUGCUGGGUGCUUACAUCAUUAUUGUUCUGUUGUCGUCCGCAUGGCUGGUGAACAAGUUCAAACAGAACACCAUCGUGAUGUUGUGUUUCAUCAUUCCAUCUUUCAUCGGAACUAUUGUCCUUAUGACGGUCGAAAACACUACUUUGCCCACCAAGGUGGGCCUUCUUAUUAGUUACUACAUCACUCUAUCAUUCUGGUCGGCCCAAACCCUCACAUUAUCUAUGGUGUCGCGAAAUAUUGCUGGUCAAACCAAGAAGUCCACCGUGGUAGCUGCAACAUUCGUGUCGUGGGCUGCUGGUAACGCAAUUGGUCCUCAAGUGUUUCUUGACAAGGAUGCACCACGGUACCACAUUGCCUGGAGUGUUCACCUGGCUUGCUAUGCCUGUAUGGUCUGCGCCGUCGUCUACCUCCGCUUCCAUCUCAAGCGCGAGAACGCCAAGAAGGAUAAGCUGUUGGCUGAGGCAGGUCUUAGUGCCGCAGAUCCAACCCUCAUUCAUGCAUUCGAGGAUAAGACGGACCGGGAGAACUUGAACUUCCGCUAUGUUUACUAG